AUGACAAGACAAAAGGUUCUUCUCGCCUACAACACAAGUUCCCCCCCUGCUGACUCUGUACUAGCUGCCCGUGCCCUAAACGUGAUCGAGGCAGAAUCAAGAUCUCGUACGCAGAAUGAAACCGAGAGUGCUAUUGGCAAUCCUUCGUCCACUUCAGGCCCCUCGCCCCUUCAACUUAAGGAACUGAAUGAAUUGCCUGCGAGUUCAACUCGGGGAUGGCGCUUCUAUGGGGCUUUUGGUACAUUGUGUCUUGUCACCUUUAUCAUCGCUCUUGACUCAACAAUUAUUUGCGUUGCAUUGCCUACAAUUGCAGAAGACGUAGGUGCUACGGCUAUCGAAGCCUUUUGGUGUGGUACCAGUUUCCUCCUCGCCUCGACCGUCGUCCAACCCCCUGUUGCCUCGCUAUCUCAUAUAUUUAGCCGUCGGUCUGCGCUGCUCGCUUCUCUCACUGUGUUCGUGGCUGGCAGUAUCAUGGCUGCUCUGGCGAAGAAUAUUGCCGUGCUACUUGGUGGUCGGACUUUUCAGGGCCUUGGCUCUGGCGGUAUCCUUGCUUUGACAUAUGUUAUCGCCACUGAUCUUGUGAGCCUCAGGGAGAGGGGUGGCAUCGUGUAUGACUGGAGCCGCCCCAGAACCGUUAUACAUCUUAUCUUCGAUAUCAUGGGACUCAUAUCCUUUGGUUUUCACAUCAAGUUCUGCAGAAAAUACUCCAGAUGCGAUCCUCUUCUACGACCCAGUCUAUUCACCUCCCUUACGGCUCUCUCUGCAUACUUUGCUACUGUUAUCCACGGCAUAACGGUACGGUGUCUUCUUUACAAUGUUCCAUUAUACCACGAGGUCAGGGGAUCAUCACCUAUCACUGCAGGCGUUGCUGUCAUGCCAUUCACGGGGACUGUGGCACCCGCUGCUGUCAUAGUUGGGCUCCUGGUCGCCCAGACGGGGACAUACAGGCCUUUCAUAUGGGCUGGAUGGGUUCUUGUACCCAUUGGAACGGGACUGAUGCUGCUGCUUGAUGAUCAUACUGAUACUCAUCUACCUUACUGGGGGUCUUGGUCUCGCUUUUAUGCCUUCUGUCGAUCUCUGGGUCAAGGCAUCGGUGUUGCUGUCGGCGGCGUCACCUUUCAAAACGAGUUCCGCAAAGAGGUCGAGAAAAGCCCGGAGUUUGCUUCCGAAGCCAAUGAAUGGGCCAAAGAUGCGUCAGCGUUGGUACAGAUCCUCAAGAGGUCCCCCUCUAGCAUGCAACUCAUGAAGGAAACUAUCAUCGAUGGAUAUAUUAAGGGUCUCCGAACCGUCUGGCUGGUACUGGCUUUCCUUGCUUGCAUCGCUUUCUUGGUGUCACUCAUCUGUGUCAAGGCGAAAAGCCUGGAUCGUAAAUUUGAGUAA